AUGUCGUCGCUCGAAGCCAAGAUCGUCGUACUCGGCGCCCAAGGCGUUGGGAAGACGUCUCUGGUUAUGAGAUAUUGUAAAGGCGCUUUCAAUCCGGCUCAAAUCACCUCCACCGUUGGCGCCAGUUUUCUUACAAAGCGCGUUGUUGACUCCGACUCCGAUACCCUUGUUCGUCUUCAAAUAUGGGAUACAGCUGGACAAGAACGUUUUCGAUCCAUCUCCCGACUAUAUUAUCGCGGCGCGAACGCCUGCAUCCUCUGCUACAGCAUCACCGACGCACAAUCUUUUGCCGAUAUGGGUGUUUGGCUCAUGGAACUCCGACGAAACCUUCCCCAUGAUGUUGUUCUUCACGUAGUUGGUACAAAAGCCGAUAUCGUCGCCCGCGAUCCCUCAGCCCGCCAAGUCCCGUUCGAACGCUGUAUCGCCUACGUCGCUGAGAACCUCGCCCCAGGCGUUGGCAGCACGCCGCCCCCGACAGCAACCCCUUACCCUAUCUCUACGCCCAUGUCAGGAGCUCAUGCAAUGUCACCGCCUUCCAUGGAGCUCCACAGUCCCAGCUCGAAGCGUAGCUCUGGUUUCUGGGCACAAGAGGUUGGAUGGGAUGCCUGCCACGAAAUCAGUGCUGAGACGGGCGAGGGCGUUGAAGAAGUGUUCCGGGUCGUCACACGUAAACUCGUCGAGCAGAAUCGUAAGAUGCAGCAGGCCCUUUUAAUGGCUACGGCAAUUCCCGGCACACCAGGCUACGAAGCUGGCAUGGAUGGCGGUUACUUCGCGGGCGCUGAUGCUCGAGGCAGUUUCCGUGUAGGUCGUGACCGGCGUAGCUGGUUAUUUUCACCAGGUUUCUCUCCUGCCAUCACGGUUGAGCAGGCGGGAACUCAGGAGCAGACAAAUCCAGAGGCCCGCAAGGAGACAAAGAGGUGUUGUUGA